AAUGCAGUGACCUAUAAUGAUGUGCAUGUCGACAUCACUCAGGAAGAAUGGGCAUUGAUGGAUCCUUCACAGAGGAAUCUCUACAAAGAUGUGAUGGUGGAGACCUAUAUGAACCUCACAGCUAUAGGCAUGAAAGACCUCAUACCACAGAGAAAUCCUGUGAAUAUAUGGGGUGUGGUAAAGCCUUUGUAUAGCUUUUGCUCAACAUUACUCUUCAAAGGCAUGAAAGAACACAUACUGGAGAGAAACCCUAUGAAUGUAAUCAGUGUGGUAAAGCCUUUGCAUGGCCCAGUCAUCUUCAAGUACAUAAAAGAACACAUACUGGAGAGAAACCCUAUGAAUGUAAUCAAUGUGGUAAAGCCUUUGCACAGCCCAGUCAUCUUCAUGGACAUAAAAGAACACAUACUGGAGAGAAACCCUAUGAAUGUAAUCAGUGUG